CCGAAAGCCGGGGAUUCAUUUUCUUGCAUUGUUCUGUUCUCAAGACUAUACACAAGGGCAUCAUGACUUCCCGAUUAAUGCCUUCGGGCCGCCAGGCCAUGCGCAGCCCCUUCCGAUCAUUGCGCCGAACCUUUGCGACCUCCCGCGUGUUUCUCCAGACCCUGAAUUCCCAGCAGGGCUUCCACUCCCAGCUUGAGACCAUUACUCCGGAGAUCCUGUCCUCGCUGGCAUCCAAGGCUGUGCCCCAGACCUUGACCGAAAAGAUUGUCCAAAAGUACUCCGUCGGGCUUGCAAAGGACAAGUUUGUCCAGUCGGGCGACUAUGUCACCAUCUCUCCCCACCGCUGCAUGACCCACGACAACUCAUGGCCCGUUGCCCUGAAGUUCAUGUCGAUCGGUGCUUCGAAGAUUCAUAACCCCGAUCAGAUUGUGAUGACGCUGGACCAUGAUGUGCAGAACAAGACCGAGAAGAACCUCCAGAAGUAUAAGCAGAUUGAGGACUUUGCGAAACUCCAUGGUGUUGAGUUCUAUCCUGCUGGACGUGGUAUUGGUCACCAGAUCAUGGCUGAAGAGGGCUUGGCUUGGCCUGGAACUCUUUGCGUUGCCUCGGAUUCCCACAGCAACCACUACGGUGCGCUUGCUUGCUUGGGAACACCUAUUGUCCGAACUGAUGCGGCGAGUGUCUGGAGCACUGGCCAGACCUGGUGGCAAGUGCCUGCCAUCGCCAAGAUCACCCUCACUGGCGUUCUCCCGGCCGGCGUCACUGGCAAGGACGUUAUUGUCGCUCUGUGCGGUCUCUUCGACAAGGACGACGUUCUGAAUCACGCUCUCGAGUUCGCUGGUUCCGAGGAGACGAUGCGCAGUCUGCCUAUUGAUAGCCGUAUGACUAUUGCCAACAUGACUACCGAAUGGGGUGCCCUUUCUGGUCUUUUCCCCAUGGAUGACGUGCUCAAGGGUUGGAUGAAGGGGAAGGCUACUACCGCCGCCAUGGGUCUAGCCGACGGCCCCUUCAAGACCACGGCUGCCCAGCGCUUCACCCACGAGGCGAUCGAGGAGCUCUUCGCUAAACCUCUGACCGCGGACAAGGGUGCCAAGUACGCCAAGGAACUCUUCUUGGAUCUCUCCUCUCUGUCUCCCUACGUCGCCGGCCCGAACUCGGUCAAGGUUGCUACUCCUCUGAGCGAGCUGGAGGCUGCCGAUAUCAAGGUCAACAAGGCCUAUCUUGUUUCCUGCACGAACUCACGUGCCUCUGAUAUCGCUGCCGCCGCCCGUGUAUUCAAGGAGGCUGCCGAGAAGAACGGCGGUCAGAUCCCCAAGAUUGCUGACGGUGUUCAGUUCUACAUUGCUGCGGCCUCCAUCCCCGAGCAGCUUGCUGCCGAGGGCGCUGGUGACUGGCAGGUUCUGAUCGAUGCUGGUGCUACCGUACUCCCCGCCGGCUGUGGUCCCUGCAUUGGCCUUGGCGCAGGUCUCCUCGAGCCCGGUGAGGUCGGUAUCAGUGCUUCCAACCGUAACUUCAAGGGUCGCAUGGGUUCCACUGAUGCCAAGGCCUACCUGGGUUCCCCCGAAGUCGUGGCUGCCAGUGCUCUUAGCGGAAAGCUCUCCGGUCCUGGCUGGUACCAGACCCCCGAGGGUUGGACCGGCGUGAAGCGCGGCGAGGGUGAUGGUAUUGCCGAGGAGGAUCGUAUGCUUACCACCGAGGAGGCUCUCGAGAAGCUCCUCGGUCAGCUUGACGAUCUAGUGGCUGAUGGCGAGAAGAAGUUUGCUCCCCAGCCCACCGAGACCAAGGUUGAGGAGAUCUCUUCCGAGGACUCUCUGACCGAUGUGUACCCCGGUUUCCCCGAGCGUGUGUCCGGAGAGAUUGUCUUUUGCGACGGAGACAACAUCAACACCGACGGUAUCUACCCCGGCAAGUACACUUACCAGGACAACGUCUCCGUCGAGACCAUGGCCCAGGUGUGCAUGGAAAACUACGACACCAAGUUCACCACCAUUGCCAAGGCAGGUGAUAUUCUGGUCACCGGCUACAACUUUGGCUGCGGCUCCUCUCGCGAGCAGGCCGCCACCGCUAUCCUGGCCAAGGAGAUCCCUCUCGUCGUCGCAGGCAGCUUCGGCAACAUUUUCUCCCGCAACAGCAUCAACAACGCCCUGAUGGGUCUGGAAGUGCCCCGCUUGGUCUCCCGUCUGCGUGAGACCUUUGCCGAAGGCGAUGGCAAGGCUCUUACCCGCCGUACCGGCUGGACCCUGACCUGGGACGUUCGCCGUAGCCAGAUCGAGGUUCAGGAGGGCCCCAACGGCGCCAAGUGGACUCACAAGGUCGGCGAGCUUCCUCCUAACGUGCAGGAGAUCAUCGCCAAGGGCGGUCUUGAGAAGUGGGUCAAGAACGCGAUCGAGGCGUAAAUCCGGAGAAAGAAAGAACCACUUUGAAAAUAGGGUUUGUUCUGCCGGUGAAAAAGAAAAAUGCGUUUGGCCUUUUGACGUGAUACCCGAGCUUUGGUUUAUAUAGAUGCCCGGUGCGGAGAUGUUUAGCGAGAUAUUUGUUUUGGACCAUUUUGAGCCUGUACAGUAUAGAAAAAGGCGUAUCGUUCAAUUGCAUUGUAUGUUCAGUGAUAUCCAUCGAUAUGAUUUGAUCUUCAGGAUUGUAAACGAGUGUUUACUGUGAUCAGACGAGGUGACCGGAGUACUCCCAAGGUCAGAUCAUCAAUCAAAUGAUGAUUCCGUAUAUUCGUACGAAAGAUAACUAUAAAGGAAAUUAAAUUCACUGGUCAACCACCUGCCUCUUCCAAGUCAAAAAGACUACAUAAAACUCCUCCGUGUUAGAAUCCUCCCCAGCCUGACCACCAAAAGUAGCAGCAACGCCGCCACUAGCACCCGCACCUUGUGUAGCUUGAGCAUCAAAAGGCCUCAGAACCGGCACAGUCGGGACAACAACCUCCUCCGAAACAACAGCCUCCUCCGGCAUAACAUGAGGAUUAGGCACAAUGGCCCUCUCAAUGGGCUGUCUCUUCAAAUCCCCCUCUUUCGCACCCACCCAGCUAUACGCACUCCGCGACGCGGGUUCCGCAACAAGAUACAGCGAUUUCUCCAGAUUAACAGGGAACUUCCACGACAAAGCCCACUGGACGAUAGCAUCAAGUUGAUCCCUCUUCCGCAUGACAGUUUCAAAUUCAAUCACCAGUUCUUCCAGGCUAGGCAGGAGAGUGAACUGAUUGCCCCACGCUCGGUUUGCCUCGUGGGCUCUCAAGCAGUGAAUCGGCCGGCCCAUUUCAUGGGCGCGUGUCCGGCCCGGUCUGAACGGGUCGAUUCCCAAUGGAUCGUUAUUCUCCCAGAACCACCAAUCCGUGUGUCGGAAUGUAAGCGUCAGCUUUCUGGGGCUGAUCGCGUAGGGAGCGGCCCUUUGUCGGCUAUCGUGAAACCCGGGACCGUCGUUGAUCCAUGUACCACCCCACACCCUGGUCCAGCAGUUAUCCUCGAGGAAAUACUGCUGCGUGAAGAGGUGGAUGUGCCGGACUUGAGCGCGUUGUUUCGCGGUCAUUUUUCGGAAAUAGCCUAACGGGGACGAAGCGUCUUUGACGUGUGGGGGUGCGCGGUAGAACCAGAAUGUGUGCUCGUUGAUGGCGGCGGGGAGGAGGGAGGCCUCCUCGUAGAUUUGUUGGCAUGUUUGGAGGAGGGCGGUUUGGAUGCGUUUUGGUUGUUUGUAGCCUGGUCGGAAGUAGAAGGCGUUUUGGCGGUAGAGAUGGGAGUGUGUUGUAUUAUCCCCUUCUUGUUGGCUAUCGUUGGUAUCCUCGGAUUCGAGGGAGAAGGUGUAGAUGCGGUUGCGGAUUUCGGGCGGGAAGAUGGUGAAGAGGAAGCAUGACGUUUGGUUGAUUGCGGGGAGUGAGGGGUGAAGAUCGGGGUUGUUUGGUGGAGCGCCAUUCUUGUUGGAACCCUUUGGUGGAGGGCGUGGGCGGAGGACUCGUCGAGUUGGCUCCAUUUUAUAGUGCAAGUUGAAUAUUUUCGUGCAGUGUAGACGUUGAUGAGAGAGUCCUACGGAGGGAUGAUCAAGCUUUAUGUCUGCUUGGCAGGAGAAAAAAGAGACUCCCGCUAGACUGGGUUUCUCUAUUCUGGCGGGUAUUCCGG